UACCUUUGUACAAUCUGAUAAAGUUGUAUAUGAGUUUCUAUAAGAGCUUAUAAGUACCAAAGUGGAGGCAAUAUACGUACCAAAACAGUUCGCUCAGUUAAAGAUAUAUAACUUUUCCUUUAAUUUUUUACAAUUCUACAACGAUUUCCUUUUACAUAAAUUCUGAGGUAUGAACAACUCUGUACGCUACUUAGUACAAUUUCCUUUUGUCAUAGUUCAAGCAUAAAUUCAAUUUCGUUUCACCCGUAUUAUGAUUCUAGUACGAUGCUUCAUGAACUAAUACGCAGUGGUGUGUAACAUGUACUGCGAACAAAUUUUGGAUUAUAUACAACUUAAAGUUACUAAAAUAUAAAAAUUAUAAAACUGAGUAGCGAGAGUAUAUAUAUAUUUUUUUUAAUGAGAAGUACGCGCUUUACUUAAAUUAGUGCAGUACUUAGUAUGUAUUAAUUAUUGGUUAGACACGACACUUGCUUUUAAUAUAUUUUACAAACCUUUCAUCAGUCUCGAUCCCCCGACGUUCCGAUCACUGCUCCUAUCCUCUAUCCACAACGUUAUUUUACGAUGAUGCGUAUCAACAAAUUUAAUCUAGUACUGUUGAAAGCUUAAAAUUGUAUGCACUUAUAAAUCGCAUAUAAUGUCACUUAUUGUCUUCAAUGUUGACCAAAAUCUAUUUAUAGAUAUUGAUGUCGAUAUAUAACUCAAUAUUACGUCAUAUACGAAGGAAUAAUAUCAUGCGAUCUACAUUGACCUUCUGUUCAACUGUUAAACGAUUCAAUCAACUGCAAUCAGCAACCUUUAAACAAGUGUGGCCACUUUUAAGCAAAGUAUUUUGUAGCUGAUUUUAAAAGGUAAAAUUAUUAGUUUCGAGAAGUUACCGGUGAACAGCAGAAGAACUCAAAUUCGCGCAAUUGUUAAUAAUUUACGAAAAUAUCAUAAGAAGAACAACAAAGAAAACACUCUUUGAGUGUUUCUUUGUUGUUCUACUUAUUACUUCCAGCAUGAUAAAACGUAUUUUACAACACAAUCUGUGAAUAAUCAAAUAGUUUUUUUUUUUGUGAAUAAUCUUUCAUUACGAUUUAUGAUUCGAAUUUGCAUCCCAGAAUAAUAUCUUUGAUAUGUAUUAAGUAAACUUCAACACAGUUUGAGAAUGACUUAAAAAAAAUUGGCAACUCUGUACAGAUGUAAACAACCAAGUGCAAAUCAAGUCAAAGUAAUCCUGUGUCGUUUCGUUUUAACGUAUUUUUCUGUGAAUUUCUAAUAUUAGGGCUCAAUAAACAUAAAACUCUUGCAUUUCAGAUGUUUAGUGUCAUACAAUUUAUAGAAAACAAUAAAUUCAACGUGCUGGCGGUUCCGUCUUCAUGGGUGAAACAAGGCAAACUGCUUUGGCCGAAGAAUUUGGCCAGUGACGAAAUAGAGCUUUUGCGAACUAAGGGUGCUGAGUUCCAUGGUUCGACGAAAAACAUCCCAUCAAUUGUGACUGAAAAAUUCCGGAGUUUUACAUCAGCAGAAGCUGCAGUAGCAGUCAUGGACAGCAAAGAUGUGUCGGAUAUAGAGGGGAAAAAAGCUUCUCAAAAUUGCUGCUAAGCGACCGAAAUUACAACCACAGGUCAAUUAUGAUUCUUUGUGUCAAGCUCUUGCUCAGUCAUCUCCGUCAUCACCGUCUCACUCGGUUCCUCCAAAGUUACUAAGUUCGCAACAAGUAACAGCAGGUUCUCCACCACGUUUGUCACCAGCAUAUCCUUCGAAUGCUUCUCCUGCUUUUACUGAUAACAUUGUUUAUUCUACUGAGUUGAUGCAGAAUCCUGAUUCAGCAGUUCCGACUUCGCUAGUUUUCGACAACAUUUACUACGAUGAAAAUCCUACUGUAGGGCCUGAAGAAAACAUAAACAAAAUCGAAGCAACAGAUGCUUCAAAUACGCUCACAUAUAUAUCAUUGACAGAGGAGUUAGAGCAUGUUAUUGGAGCAACUGUAAAGACAACGGUUGAUGAAGCUAUUAAAAAAGCCGUGCACACUUCUAUUCCGACAAUAAUUCAGUCUGCCGUGGAGCGUUCUAUGAAGCAAGGCUUUCAGGAAGGAUUUGCACAAUUGGCAGCUCUAAUGGAAAUGCAAAAACCAACGGGCAGUGCUGUCCAGAGUAGCGUGCUUGCCUAUGCUGAAAAGCAUGUACUAAUUCGUGACGAAAGGAAUCUCAACGAGUGGAACAUCAGACUUGCGAACAGAGAGAUUUUCGAAUGCUACGCCGACUUCUUCGGAAGAAUAAUCAUUCCCAAUGCACAUUACGGCCGUGGAGACAAUGCAUUUUACACUCUCGUAGAUUGUCUUUUCACACGUGAUUUUUGGAAACAAUUCACAUGGACGGGGAUAAGCCGCGGUGAAAAGUGCAAACGUGGAUUUCGCGAGUACGGCAACGUUACUCAGUUGUUGUUAUGCAUCAUACAAGUUGGCGAUCCCACUUUUAAUGCUCAGAUGAUUGAAGCGUUCUGCAAAACCAAACUUUUCCGUCAUUGCAAGCAACGAUCUGAUAGUCGAUUGCUCCGAAAAUCAACUGUCCGCCCGGGACGUGGUUUCAAAGGCGAGAAAGGAAACGACAAAGCGAAAUAAAGCGACAGAGGAGAACGAGAAAAGGAAAGAGAUAAAAGUGUUGAAGUAAGAGCCAACGAAGAAGAGGUCAAAGAUGCUAACGGAUAUGAUGAAGAAGAAGAAGAAGAUACUGAUCGGGAUGCUAGCUAUGAGGAAAGCGUUUGCGAAGAAAAUACUGGCAAAGACUCCUGAACUUUCUCUCCUUAUUGUAUUUUCUCUUGGAUAUUCUGAUUUUGACUCAGCUGAAGAACUUGAAAUGUGAUCGAAA